AUGUUUAAAUUAGGCAACAUUUUGAUCGCAAUUUUACGUGUCAUCGACACAUAUUCACACCCAUGUGAAGGACCAAAUGGUCCUGAUUGCUGCUUUGGAUAUGCUUGGAACGAAACCAUUAAUAAAUGCACACGUUGUAAUGUCGGUUUUUUUGGACAAGACUGUAGAGAACAAUGUCCAGCUCCUUCCUUUGGCAUCGACUGUCAGUUCAUGUGCAACUGUAGCAAUGCCGAUUGUCACUUUGCGUUUGGAUGUAAACGUUCAGUGUCAGAAUGUGAGACUGGGAGAAUAGGCUCGUAUUGUGAAAUACUUUGUCCAUACCCAAAUUACGGAAAAGAAUGUCAGCAAAAAUGUCAUUGUGAGAAUGUUCUCUGUGAUCCUGCUAUUGGAUGUAACAGCACAACGAGAGCAUCACACAGGAAGGAAAUUACUGGUGUUCCACAUUCAACUUAUUCAACGUUUCCUUUAGGACCAUAUAAUAAGAGUACAAAUUCUACCAUCAUUACCAGGGAGACAGGAGCUUCUCAAAUUUCAAAAUCCAAAAACGGUACUUCUUCAGUCAUGAGAUAUGGUAUAUCAACACACUCGAGUUUCAACAAUGGCUCAAUGAAGAGAAUAUGCAAGAGAGCUCAUACAGGCUCAAAUAAUUUGCUUUAUCGUGUUACAGUCGGCUUAAUAAUUGUUGCAGCAGUGUUUUUUAUAUCGUACAUUGGUUUAACUAUUUAUCAAUGUAUGUUAAGAAUUCCUUAAACAAACACGUUGUCGUAUACCGUAGAACUGUAGCUAACAGGACUGUCUUUUUGUGUAUCCUUCAGAGAUUUACAGUGUGGUUUUAAAUUUGCUAGCAUUGCCUAAUCAUUAACAAAUGAAAUGUAGUUAUUUUUUUAUUUCUUUAUCACUGUUAACAUUAAAGUAACUGUUCAUGUGUUUUGAUAGAAUUUCUCAUCUAUAGAUAAGCUAUAAAUCAGGCAUCAAAUGCAAAAUACAAAAUAUUUUUGGGUAGUCACAAAAGUUUGAUUUCAUAAUGAUAGUCCAUCUUUGAAACAAACUGUAAACUAAAGUAAUGUAGUAACGCGAGCAUUUAUUUACUUUUAACGAAUUGUCAAGGAUGAUUUCCAACGAACA